ACAAAAAUCAGCAGAAAUCCAAUUUUUUCCUUUUUUCUCUUUUCUUUUAACUAGUUCUUCCUCUUCACCCCCCCCCCAAAAAAAAAGAAAUAGUUUAUAUCUAUCUAUUUAUAUAAAGUAUAUCAAUAUUAGUCCUCAUGUCGUUUGCUAGAAAAGCUCCUACUACUGUUGGUACUGAUAGACAUCAUCCUCAUACCUUAUCUACCUUGGACUUUCAAAGUGCUAGUUCUGCUUCAGCUGCUAAAGCCAUGAAGGUAGAAUUAAGCAAGUUAUGUUCACAAAUCACUAAUGAAGAACAACGCAAGUUCCGGUCUCAAGAAAUGGAUGGAUUUUAUAUGUUAUUUACAAGAUUCCUUGAUGAACAAGCCAAAGGAACUAAAAUUGAUUGGGAUAGAAUUCAAUCUCCUUCUGCUGAACAAAUUGUACCUUACAAGGAUAUUCCUGAAGUCUCAAAUUCCAAUGAUCUUGAAAAACUAGCUGUACUCAAGUUAAAUGGUGGUCUAGGUACAACUAUGGGAUGUGUUGGUCCAAAAUCUGCUAUUGAAGUCCGUGGUGGAAUGACCUUUUUGGAUUUAAGUGUGCGCCAGAUAGAGUAUUUGAACAAGAAACAUGAUGUCAAUGUUCCAUUUAUUUUGAUGAAUUCUUUCAACACUGAUGAUGAAACUAAAAGAAUUGUUCAAAAGUAUGCUACUCAUAAUGUUGAUAUCAUUACUUUCAACCAAAGUCGUCAUCCAAGAAUCAAAAAGGAAUCUUUAUUACCAGUACCUCGUACACCUGAUUCCCCUAUUGAACAAUGGUAUCCUCCUGGACAUGGUGAUUUAUAUGAAUCUUUGUAUACCUCUGGACUUUUGGAUCAACUUUUGGCUCAAGGCAAGGAAUACCUUUUUGUUUCCAACGUGGACAAUUUAGGGGCUACUGUGGAUCUCAACAUUCUUCAUCACAUGGUUUCUUCCGAUGCUGAAUUUAUUAUGGAAGUCACUGAUAAAACCAAGGCUGAUAUCAAGGGUGGCACUUUGAUCGAUUAUGAUGGUCAUAUUCGAUUAUUGGAAAUCGCUCAAGUACCUGAUGAACAUGUGGAAGAUUUCAAAUCUAUUAAGAAAUUCAAGAUUUUCAAUACCAACAAUCUUUGGAUCAAUCUCAAGGCUGUGAAGAGGGUAAUGGAGGAAGAACAAUUGGAAUUGGAAAUUAUUGUAAAUCACAAGACAACUGAAAGUGGUGAAAAGGUCAUUCAAUUGGAAACUGCUGUGGGUGCUGGUAUCAAACAUUUCAAGAAUGCUCAUGGUGUCAACGUACCUCGUACUCGAUUCUUACCGGUGAAAUCUACAUCUGAUUUAUUCUUGGUUACUUCUAAUCUUUAUUCUUUGGUUCAUGGUGAAUUAGAAGUUAAUCCUAAACGUAUGUUUAAUGUAGUUCCUUUGGUCAAAUUGGGUGAUCAUUUCAAGAAGGUUAGUGAUUUCCUCAGUAGAUUCAAAACUAUUCCUCAAAUUUUGGAAUUAGAUCAUCUUACCGUGACUGGUGACGUUACUUUUGGAUCUCACGUUGAACUUCGAGGUACAGUUAUUAUUGUAGCAAAUCAUGGUGAACGUAUCGAUAUUCCUUCUGGAUCCAUUCUUGAAAACAAGGUAGUGACUGGUAAUCUUCGUAUUUUGGAUCAUUAGUUUUUUUUCUUUUUUUUUUUUUUAUAUAUAUUUUAGUAUAGUUUCGUUAGGGG